UUCAAUUUAGUCAGACCCUCGUGCUCCUCAGCGCAAGCACAAGUCCCUAACAAAAAAAAAAAAAACACUAUAUAUGAAGCCAGCUCGAACAAAUAAAGGCGCUUCACUUUUACUUCUAUGUUUUUUUUCCUCGCGAAGCCAAGUUCUUUGUCUUUGUAUCAGCUCCGAAAACGGACCCCUCAGUCUUCCCUUUAAUCUCAGUCAUUUUACAUGGCUAUAUAGGCUUGCUUUGGACUCUGAAACUGCCCCACAAAGCUACCCAACUUUCAAUUCCUUUCUCUGCAUUCUCUCGAACCCUUUUCUUAAAUCACAUCUCUUCUCCAUUUCUAGUCUCCCAUUGCAUCGUUUAAGGCCAUUGAUUAUGUACUUUCGAGCCUCAUUUUCUUCUUCCUCGUCAUUUUUUAUGUUCUUCUUGCUUUUCGCCAUUAAUGGUUUGGUCCUCAUUUUUGCUCUUCCCGAGGAGAUUUCGGGGUCGGUGACGAGGUUGGAGUUGAUACACAGAAACUCUCCGAAGCUUUCCGGAAGUGUCGUUUUAGGGGAAAGGCCGAAGACCCAGAUGGAAAAUAUCAAACAGUUUCAUCGUCGUGACGUUAUACGUAUCCGAAAUAUGGUUUCCCGGAGACGGAGGGCGACUGAAACGGCGUCGUCUGUGGCAAUGCCAAUACAUUCUGGUUCAGAUUAUGGAGCCGGGGAGUACUUUGUUCAUGUCAAAGUUGGGACUCCUGGCCAGAGAUUCAUGUUGGUAGCGGAUACUGGGAGUGAAUUAACAUGGAUGAACUGUAGAUACAAGUGUGGCCGUAAGUGCGGAACCCAUAAAGGGAGGAUUAAUGACAAAAGGGUGUUUAAAGCUGAUCGUUCUUCUUCUUUUAGAACUGUGCCUUGUCUGUCAGGGAUGUGUAAGAUUGAGCUCGCUAAUCUCUUUUCUCUGACUAGCUGUCCCACCCCGUUGACCCCUUGUGCCUAUGAUUACAGGUACCUGGAAGGUUCUGCUGCAAUCGGCUUCUUUGCCAAUGAGACUGUAUCAGUAGGCCUCACCAAUGGCAGAAAAAGGAAACUAAAAAAUGUAUUGAUUGGCUGCACCCAAACGAUUAAAGGUGAUCUAGGUGGCUUCAAAGGUGCUGAUGGGGUACUAGGACUAGGCUUUGGCAAGCACACAUUCACAACAAAAGUUGCUGAAGACUUUGGGGGCAAGUUCUCAUAUUGCUUAGUUGAUCACCUGAGCCCCAAAAACCUCACAAACUACAUUGUAUUCGGCCACAACAGGAUCGAAACUUCGCUGCUGAGAAGUAUGCAUCAUACCAAUCUCAUUUUGGGUGGAGUUUAUGGUCCACUCUAUGGUGUAAACGUUUUAGGAAUCACCAUAGGAAGUAAACUAUUAAAAAUAGCUCCUAAAGUGUGGGAUGCAAAUCUUGGUGGUGGAACAAUCCUUGACUCGGGAACCAGCCUAACCUAUCUAGCCGAGCCAGCUUACCUACCGGUAACAGCUGCAUUCAACAAGACCAUCUCAAAGUUUGAAAGGUUGUCCACAGAGGAAGGACCAUUUGAGUUCUGCUUCAACUCAACAGGAUUCAAUGAGUCUUUGGUACCAAAAGUACUAAUCCAUUUUGCUAAUGGAGCUUUGUUUGAGCCACCAGUGAAGAGCUAUAUCCUUGAUGUUGCACCUCAGAAGAAGUGUCUUGGAUUUGUUUCAGCUGGUUGGCCAGGUACCUCUAUCAUUGGCAAUAUCAUGCAGCAAAACCAUUUAUGGGAAUUUGAUUUGGAGAGAAGUACCUUGGCGUUUGCUCCUUCUAGUUGCACCUAGAUUUGUUACUUAAAAUUGAAUAGUUAUACUUAGUAAUUUUUUCUCCUUUUACUUCACUCUCAUAAAUAUAGAUUUUUUACUGUGUAAGUUACAAAAAUUCAUUGUAAUUCUUCUUGUAACGUGUUGUAUAAUUAUCAGAUUUAAGAUUAUUUUUCAAACUCUUUCAUCAACCCAA